AGCCAAUCAGAGGCAGAGUAAGGCAGGGUAGGGCGGGAUAUGUCUUCGGGGAAAAAUACUCCGUUUACGGGGCUGUUUGGAUUUUGUUGUGGCUCUAGUAGCUUCAAGAAUGGAUAAAAUUUUGGAGGUGGAUAACUUAGAAAUGCGUCUUCGGGAGCUGGAGAGUCGUAUAUACGGGGAGAGAAGAAACAAAAGUGGAAAACCCGUCAAGUGCACUGAGUCUUUGGCCAGGAUUCAGGCUGGUCUGACCAAUACGGCCAACAAGAGAGAACGAGUGAAGAUCCUGCACAAGAAGAUUGAGGACCUGCUGAAGUACCUGGACCCCCAGUUCACGGACCACAUCUCUGUACCUGACGCCAUGAAGCUGGAGUUCAUUCUUGCUGAGGAGGACUUCCUGCUUUCCCAGGCUGCUUUGCUGGAGCAAGUCAGCAACACGCAGCCGCUGCUGGACAGCACCUACAUCCGAGAUGUACCGGAACACGCCACCAAGCUGCAGCGCCUGUCACAGAUUCACAUCAAAGAGCAGGACCAAACUGAGGCUCAGUCCCUGGAAGUGAAGAAGCUUUUUGAGGAAUACAACAAAAUGAUGUUCCUGCUGUCCAAGCAGUUCACCCAGUGGGAUGAGACCCUGAGGAAGCUGGAGGAGGCCAAGGGCAUUCGGCCCGUGGAGUAGCUCCUGUCAACAUACUGAUGAGGAUGGCGAUGAAGGAGAAGAGGACUGCGCUGUGGUGGGAGCUUUAGAUGAGACGCGUGUUCCACGUGUUGCUUGUUCUUCCACAAUAAGUCGGAAGAAAAGUGAGACAAAAGGAUCACAACAUCUCACUUGCAUGUUUAACUGCUUAUCAAUUUGCCAACAUUGAGUUGAAUCAGGUGAUAUAACAUUGAUACCUUAAUUGCCGCACCACUCCAUGAUAUCGUUGGUUCUCAACAAUUCUCGAACCAAUCUUAUUUAAUAAAAUCGUCACUAAGAAUGGAGUAAAUGUAAAAAUGUAAAGGAACUCGGUCUCAUGUGACUGUCGUCUGGAGGAACUCACGCCUAUCACGUGACGUGUGGUUCAGACAGCUCGGAGAUGCUGCUGUUAUUUAUUUUCUGACAAUAGAGCUUUUUAUGUUUGCAUAUAUCAACUCAACUUUCCAACACUGCCUCCCUACGGCAGGACAGUCACAAGACUUGUUGUUCUGCCCUUUACCCAUUUUC